UUUCUUUUUUCUUUUUAUUUCUUUUUUCAGUCACCUCCACCGUCGAUUGGGUGAACGUCGAUUGUGGCAGCGACGAUGAGACGCUCGACGACUUUCUACUUCUAUGGGACAUCGACGAUUUCUACACCAACGUCGGAAUCAACAAAAAAAUUCGAAUAAAUCAAACUCAACCGCUCGCAAUUUUGAACACGCUCCGAUCUUUCCCUUCCUCGACCACCCAACAGAGUUGUUACAAAUUUCAUACGUAUAAACCAAAUCUACGCUACCUUGUCAGAUCGGGAUUCCUCUACGGCAAUUACGAUGGCCUGAAUAGGCCGCCGGCAUUCGAUUUGGUUCUGGACGGCAUGAAAAUGUUGGCGAUCGAGCCGACAUCGGCGACGGAGAUUGUAAUGGAGGAAUUAGUUUAUACAUCGGAGAAAUCUGGACUUAUGAAUCUGUGUUUGGCAGAGAGGAAAGAUGGCGGAGUUCCGUUCAUUUCUUCGAUUCAGGCUAUUCCGACGGGGGAUGAUUUGUACUCGAAGAUGGAAUCGAACGAAACGUUUCGGCUCGUUGCUCGGAUUAACUACGGGAAAGAUGAUGAAUUUGAUGCUUUCUCAAUCGAUGAUUACGAGAGGAUGUGGACAUCGGGAACAACUCCCCCAAAUUGCCAAAACGUAUCGGCCAUUCCCGAUUCCAAAUCACCAGAGAACGAUCCUCCGUUGUUUGUCUUACAGGAAGCCAUUGAAUCUGUCAACGCUUCUUCUCCAAUCAUCCUCACCGUCGAUUUCUCCAAAUCCUCCUCCUCGCCUUCCCAAUUGGCUUACUUCGUUCUCUAUUUUACUAAAGUGCUUAAUUUCACUUCCGAGGACAAUAGAACCAUGAAUAUCUUCAUCGAUUCAGUGUUGAUGUCCACAAUCACUACUAGCAUUCAUAAAUGUACGGUGGUUACUCUGUUUCCAGUUCAUGUUAAGGCGUCGACAGCCAACGUGACGCUCGCCGCAGCAAAUUCAUCCGUUCCCUUCCCGCCACUGAUUACUGCUAUGGAGGUUUUCACCAAAGUUAACGCCACCAACGUCACUAGCGACAUCAUCGACAUCGUCGCUGGCGACAGCACACCGUCGAUGCGAUUUACUUUCUUGUCCUUUGUAUUGAUGCUUUGUGUCUCUGUUUUAGCUAACUUGACGUGAUUAUCUCUUUUGACCAAACAAAAUGUUGAUGAAAAGAAAAAACAUAAUAAGUUUAAAUAUUAA